UAGCAGCUGCAGUGAACAUGUCAGUCUGCAAAGAUAAUCCUUUUGGGCAUUGCUUCUCUUCUGUGCAGAUAGACAGCCAGAAACCUUCACUGAAAAUCAGGCGAACUUCAACUGUACAUUUGCCAAGCACCAGGAUCAAAGGCAGUGAUCUCAGUCCAAAUCUGUCAUGGCCAACAGCAAAAUGGCAAAUAAGGUAAACCAACAAUCUCCAUUGACUCAGAGGAGUGGAAGUCAACUGUGGCUCUUCACCAUCGUCAUCCUUGAACUAAUGCUUCUAGAGAGAAUCCAUGGCUGGACCUAUGAAACUAUUGAAGAAAAUAUGCCCUGGGACAAUGCAAGAAGCUACUGUCAACAAAAAUACACAGAUCUAGUUGCAAUCCAGAAUGCAAAAGAAAUUGAGUAUUUGAAUAAAACCCUACCUUUUUCAAAAUCUUACUACUGGAUUGGAAUAAGAAAAAUAAAUGGCAGCUGGACAUGGGUUGGUACUAAUAAAACUCUCACCAAAGAAGCAGAGAACUGGGCUUUUGGUGAGCCAAAUAACAAAGGAGAAAAUGGCAAUGAAGACUGUGUAGAAAUAUAUAUAAAAAGAUCUGCUGAUUCUGGGAAAUGGAACGAUAUCAACUGCAAAAACAGGAAAAGACCUCUGUGUUAUGAAGCUUCAUGCACUCCUACUUCAUGUAGUGCUCAUGGACAAUGUGUGGAGGAAAUCAACAAUUACACAUGUAUAUGUAAUGAUGGAUACUAUGGACGAGACUGUGAAUAUGUUGAACAGUGUAUCACCCUCAAUGUUCCUGACCAAGCGACGAUGAGCUGCACCCAUCCUAAUGGAAACUUCAGCUUCAGCUCGACGUGUGACUUCCACUGUGCUGCAGGGUUUACACUGCAGGGCUCACAGACGCUCCAGUGCAAUGCAACAGGAAAGUGGACAGCGAUGACCCCCCACUGUGAAGUUCAGAGAUGUGGAGAGCCUGAGGUACACGAGCAAGGAUUUAUGAAGUGCUCUCAUCCCAUUGGAGAUUUCAGUUACAACUCAACGUGUAACUUCAGCUGUGCUGAAGGGUUUGAGCUCCGAGGAUCAGACAGACUGGAGUGUGGAGCAUCAGGAGAAUGGUCAGCAUUGAUUCCCAGCUGUGAAGUUAAAAAAUGUGCAGCUCUAGAAGUUCCCACACAUGGAUUCAAGGAAUGCUCUCAUCCCAUCGGAGAUUUCAGUUACAACUCAACAUGUGCCUUCAGCUGUGCUGAAGGGUUUGAGCUCCGAGGAUCAGACAGAUUGGAGUGUGGAGCAUCAGGAGAAUGGUCAGCACUGAUUCCCAGCUGUGAAGUUGUGAAAUGUAGAACUCUGGUGACUCCCAAACAAGAAAAAAUGAACUGCUCUCAUCCUGUUGGAGCAUUCAGUUACAACUCAACAUGUGACUUCAGCUGUGCUGAAGGGUUUGGGCUCCGGGGAUCAGUCAGACUGGAGUGUGGAGCAUCAGGAAAAUGGUCAGCACCGAUUCCCAGCUGUGAAGGUAAUGCUCCCUUUAUAUCUAUUUUAACUGCAUCUGUUACUGCAUCUGGUAUCUCUGCUUUGACAUUGAUAGCCUGGAUAGCAAGACAGCUCAAAAAGAAAGCACAAGCAGAGAAGUUUUCACUUUUAAGCAAUGAAAAACAGAAUUUACCAAGAGAAACUUACACAGCAUAUGAGGAGGUGUAGGGCAGCAUGUGUUGAGGUCGUUGACAGUUUUUUGUAAACAAGAGAAAAACAAGAAUUUUCAAGAUCAUUCAUUUUGUAGCUUCAACAUUGCAAGACCUUGGUACCAAUUCUGAACAGGUGGAUCUCCUCUUCCAUCAGAAUUCAGUUCAUUUAAUUGACAGCAAUGUUCCAUCGGUCAGAGUUACAAAUGCAAAUGAUAAGGCACCAAACUUUACUACCCAAUUCAUCAUGUAAAGUUACCCAUACUUGUGAUGUGUGUUUACAAUCACAGGAUUAAAUGAAAGCCUCUACCUAUACAUUAAUGAUAAACUUGUCACUUUUUAUAAAGGCUAACUAGAGAUGUGAUGACAAUGGACAGUUUAAAAAUGAAUCGCUUCCACUUAAAGGAGACAGCAGUCCAAUGAUUGGAAUCUAGUUCUUUGUUAGAUCAGUGAUAAAUUGUCAGAAUAGAUUACAAUCUGCUAUGAUUUGCACAAUUUGUUUACUGCGUAGAAUGUGUGCAUUAGCGAAGGCUUUGGUCCCUGGUACAGAAAAUACAAAUACACUAAAGGGUAUGCUGAGUUGUCACGUGUAGAAACAGCUAUCACUAGUAAUACAAGCAAACACUCCAGAUCACACAAUGCUUUCAAUGAAGGCACUAAACCAGCCUUUAUCCAGACCUGCUCCUUAGCCUCUGUUUCAAGUCUCAGAUUAGUUCCCUAUUUUAUUUUCCUUCGUUCCAAAUCUCUGCCCAGUGGUUUGCUCUGAUAGAACUUCCAAAGUCAGAACUUUAUGAGCACAUUGCUUCCUAACGUCUGAAUUGAUGCUUUAAGUCCAUUACAUCAUAUUUUAAGAUUUAUAAAAGCUAUCUUCAACAGACCUAAAAUUCUGUUUCAAAAUUAAUUGGUUACAACACUCGUGGAAAGAAGGAUUUAAUUAUUAAUAAUAAAGAAGGUAAUAUUGAGAACAACAAACUGGAUAGUAAAAGAGUCAAACCCCUUACUGCCAAUAAGUUGAAGAAUGACAUUUAUCAGAUAUGAUAGUAUAAGCAACCUAAAUGAUUCUUUUAAGAAUCAAAGUGAAUAUUCACAAUGAACACUGAAUGUAUAGUAUUAUUCUGUACGUUUUAUCCACUUUCCAUAUCUGUAUAUGUUGGUUACACAUUUGUGUUCACAUUUUUAUUUAUUAUUGGUUUAUUUAAUUACUCCCUAUGGCUGAGAUAGUGUAUGAAAGGUGAAUGUUAGAUUUGUACCAUCAUCUCAUCAGGCAAACUGAAGUUACGGCGUGAUUUCCAUUAUGACUUUCUGUUAUCUGUAUGGCUCUAUACCUGUGCAUGACAUGAUGUUACUAUGAUCUGUUAACAUAGAGCUAUAUCUCACUUGCAAUUCAUGAGUUGUUCAAAUGCAUUUUUUGUUUUGGCGAUCUGAUAGAAAUUGGAUAAUCCAUUAACGCACCAAGUUCUUCCCUCUCAAUCUAAAAGCUAGUUAUGAAGUAAUCUUGUGUGAAAAUUACAGAACAAAUAAAUUGACCAUAACAUAAUGCAUUUAGACAUUUAGCUGCCCCACACCCCAUACAUUUUUGUGAGAGUAAUUCAACAAGAUUGUAGAUAACCUGAUAAAAACAAAUCUAUGUGGAAGAAAGACACCAGUUAGAGAAAAUGUUGCAGCACGAACACUGUUCAUAAAAUAUUGCACAUGGGAAUUUAAAAUUGUUCCAUUCUGCAGCAGUGCUUUUCCUCACAAAAUAAAUAUAUAUAAGUAAAAAAGUACACAGAUUGGAAAACUUCAUUAUAUCAUUUUACAUGGUGCUCACCAGAAAGUAUGAAAGAGGAAAGUGUUUAAGAUGUUUCUAAUAUAUUUUCAAGAUGUCCACGUUAAUAAAUUAACAUAAUUGUACAUGUAUAUUAUAUAAUUUAUUUGUAUAUCUGUUGUUGAAUAAU